UGAGUAAGUCCAAACUGAUUCGUGGUUGUCUGGGCCGUAAUUUGAUUAUUUGACUAAAUCUUGAUCUUAAUUUGACUAAGUCUUGAUCGAGGGAAGAACUUGUAGAAAUAAUUUCGAUGCUGAAUCUGUGCAAAGGAAAUAUGCAAAUAAAAGUUGAAUGUUCGCAAAGGCCACCGCGGGAGUUGCGAUGCCAACGUAUCACAAUGCGGGUGGCGGAUACCCGAAUGUGUCAGCGCCAGCGCGGCAAGCAAAGCUCGAUGGCAAUCAAAAUCACCAUACGAUCCCCUCAAACGUAACGUCCCAUCCCCUUCUACAAAACACGACACAACACAACGUUCCUUCCAACUUGUCUGCAAGUAACAUUCCGUCCCAUCCAGUAUCACCGACAAUGACUACGCAUCCGAACGUCACCUCUCCAAACAUAACCAGUCACAUAAACGCCGGCACACCGCCGGUAAUCCUCACCUCGAACGUCACGAAUCCUAGCAAUCCUGCUGCGUUAUCGGCGAAUCCGAGGCACGAGGUCAAACUGAACGCUAUGCCAUGGUUCCACGGGAAAAUAUCGCGGGAAACUGCCGAGAGAUUGUUGCGACCGAGAGAAGACGGUCUGUUCCUAGUCCGGGAGUCGACGAAUUUCCCUGGCGAUUAUACGCUGUGCGUGUGCUACCAAGGCCGCGUCCAGCACUACAGAGUGAAAUACAAGAACAAUCACUUGACCAUCGACGACGAGGAGUUCUUCGAGAAUCUAGCGUUGCUGGUCGAGCAUUACGAGCAGGACGCGGACGGUUUGUGCACGCAGCUGACCAAGUCCUUGCCGAAGCAGGGGAAGCAGGACUUCUGCGUGAACCCAAAGGCGUUCAUGGAGGCUGGCUGGGUGAUACAGACCCACGAACUAGAGCUUAGGGAGUGUAUCGGCAAAGGAGAGUUCGGGGAUGUAUUGCUGGGGGUUUACAGAGGCGAGAGGGUUGCUGUAAAGAUGCUGAAGGACAACAGCGAGGCGGCGCAGAGGUUUCUAGCCGAGGCUAGUCUGAUGACGUCGCUGAUCCACGACAAUCUGGUCAAGCUGCUCGGUCUCGUUUUCAAUAAUCAACACAUGUACCUGGUUACCGAGUAUAUGAGCAAAGGGUCCCUGGUGGAUUACCUGAGAUCACGAGGGAGGUUGCACGUCUCAAAGAAGGAUCAGAUCAACUUCGCGUACGACACGUGCGCUGGCAUGGCGUAUUUGGAGUCCAGACACGUAGUGCACAGAGAUCUGGCAGCGAGGAACGUUCUCGUCGCGGAGGACAACUCUGCCAAAGUGUCCGACUUUGGUCUGGCACGGGACGAGAACUUUUCCCUCGAGGGCGGCAAGCUGCCCAUCAAAUGGACUGCACCAGAGGCUUUAAAGCAGAAUAAGUUUUCAAAUAAGUCUGAUAUGUGGAGUUUUGGGAUACUCUUAUGGGAAAUCUAUUCCUUCGGACGUGUACCAUACCCACGAAUUCCAUUGGCCGAUGUUGUAAAGUGCGUGGAAAAAGGAUACAAAAUGGAGCCACCAGAUGGUUGUCCGCACGAAGUAUAUGAUAUUAUGAGACAAGCAUGGGACUUACAACCUGAAAAGCGACCUACUUUUUCCGAUAUAAAAUCAGUGUUGGGUCAACUGAAAGCUGAAUACACCAAAGGUGUGAAUUAAAGGAAUGCUACUUAUUAUUCUUAGACUCGAUUUAGAAAAAUAAUAAAGCGGGAUCCGCAACGAUACCUUUUUUGAGAUCGAGGACUGAGGUAGUUGCUCCAAAUACUUUCUAUAGGGAACGCAAUGUUUUUUAUUGUACAUUUUUAUUGUACAAAAGGUAGUGUUCUCAUCGCUUAUAUUUAUUGUUACUUUAAUUUCUUCACGAUCAAGUCUUUUUCAUUUUUUCUUCGUUUUUCUUUUUUCUUUUAUUAAUGACAAUAGUUUGCACAUACAUUAAUCUACGUCAAUCGUGCCUUUGACCAAGUUGAAGUUCACGAAAAAAAAAAAAAAAGAAAUAGGAUUUCAACUUGUACAUCCGAAAUUCAGGUAGCACUUGGGAGAAAAUUCGUAGUUCAACGAUUUCUUUCACGUGGAAUACUCAUCUAUUACUUAAUUCCUUUUGUAGUCUCGUUUCGUUGAAGGAGAGUACGACAGUUUUCAUAAAGCUGCGUGACCAUCGCGGUUUUUUCAAGUAGUUUUGGUCGUUGUUAAGACUCGAGAAAUGUUUGCAGGUGUAAGAAGCGCCUUACAGUGAACUGAAUUUAAAAAAGACAAACAAAAUAAUUAGUUUUUGUGGAUACCUACUAUACAAUGACCUUUUUCGACUUAAACUUGUAAGGUUGAAUAUUAGAAUUUUUCACUUACGCGUAACAGUAGAAAUGAAAAAAAAAAGAUAAUAGAUAUUUUUACCGUUAAUAGUUCGAGAGAUCUUCAUACCUAUCGGAGAGGUUGCAGCUAAUUGUAGAUUGCAAGUACUUUUUAGUUGUAUAAGUUCUUUAAUCAAAGAUUCGUCAUAGUGAAGUAUUAAUGUUUACUUAAAUUAUUGCAACCAUUGUACACGGAUUAUUUAAGUUGUUCCGCGAGAUAUCUGACUAUAUAUAUAUACUGGUAGUGUAAAUGUAUCUGUAAAUAUUUUUGUACAUAUCCGACUAUCGCGAAAAGAAUAUUUCAAGUACAGUUGACACUGGUUAGUAGAUUUAUCAUCGAGGAUUGUCCAUAACUUUUGUUCGUAGCUAUUAAGACAACUAAUUUACACGGCGAUCAAAUGUCCAUAUACAAUUGCACCACGUAACGCAAUCGUAGAAAAAAAACUCAGAUAUUAUAUACUAUAUAUAUGUAUAUAUACAUAUAUAUAUAUAUAUUUAAAAUAAUUAAACUUUAGACUUUCGUGUUAUCGCAUCUUUCUUCUUGUAAUAUAGGAGCCCACGACUUAUUUAAUACUUUUCCAACAGUUAUAACAGGCUAAGAAUAUUUAUUCAUAGAGGGUAGGCAAAUUUCAAUGAAAUAGGGAAAUGGAAAAAAUACUCUUAAGACGAAAGUUUCCCGAGCGAUCGGGAAACCGUCAAUUGGUGUAGAUCGGUAUAAAGUUUCUCGCUUCGAGCAUAAUGGUUUAUUCGAAUUCGCGUUUGAACGGAACACGUAUCUAAAAUUCGUUAUCAGAGUCGCAUACACAUGGAGACUUGUUAGAAAAUUGAAACGGCAAUGUACUCAGUUCCUCGCAUUUGUUAAUUUCUCCAAUAGCAUUCGAAAGACCGUCGCGACCGAACAUGCUUCGUAACGAUAAUUAAACGUCAAUCGACUCUGUCGUACAAACGUGUGUCUAUGGUCGAAUCAAAAUUUCGCCGACAUCUUACGAUCGCCGAGAUAUAUUGGUGAUAACAGGGUAACCUUGGACGGUCAGUGAAUUUUGAUUUGAUUGUGGUGUUGAAAGUAGCAGGCAGCUGUAUAAGUAGCGAGUAUUUGUAAGCGUACAGUCCGCUUAUAAUAUCGACAGUGUAUGUAAUAUAAUGUAUAUGGCUCUAAUCAGUACCUAAUUUCCUCGACCUCUGUUUUUGCGUUACGAAGUUUCCCAAUCCAACGCCCGUGGAAGGUCGCGCUCGCUAAAUGUCCGCAAUCAAACGUCAACGCUGUCCUUGCUUCGUAUUUCUUACGUUUGCUACGCUAAUUAUCGGAACCUUAUUUUCGUUUGUAUCCGUAUACGCAGCAUCGUGUUACGAGUGUGGUGUGUUGACAGUGGUUACUUAAUAUUGGCCUGUGUGUAACCCAGCAUAUGUACACGCGAGUCUUUGUCACACAACGGCGUUAUAGUCUUCUGAAUGUGACCAGUGUGUUGAAUUCGUUUAUUUUUUACUCACGUAAAAUCUAUCGUAGCUUGUAAGAAAUUUAAUAUAUAUACAUAUAUUGAAUAACAAAUUACACGGUAAUCAUGGAUCGAGCGAGUUAACUAUAGCUAUAAAAUUACGGGUGUAUCUGAUCUGACAUGUUCAACCGAUUGUUUGCGUCGAAUGGCUGAAUGAAUGUGAACGGGGAAAAAAAUAUAUGCAUAUAUACAUAUAUGCAAAAGUGAAUGGAAGUUUACGUUAAGGAUUUUCAUUUUGGCCUCCAAAAAUCCGAUCUGUACGAUUCCGAGAGUGUUCAAAUAGUUCGACUACGGUCGCGUUGUUACUACGCUACAAUUCUAAAGAUUCUCAGUAGACAGGCUACUAGCGAGGACUAAACUGGUUCGGGCGACCAGAUAUAAUAACAGUUAAUGAAGCGAAUUAACGGUUAAUAAAGGAGAAAAAGAUGAUACACCGCAGUCGCUCAUCGGUUGUAAUUAUUUUCAACCAUGAGGCACAUAUGACUCAUGUAUCGGCGAUGUUUUUCAAACGUACAGGGUGAUUCGCAAAAUGUGGACAUAAAUCGAAAGGUAUAUUCGACGCAGAGGAAUUGACGACAAAGAAAGUUUAUGCAAACGCUCGUCGUAGAUGACCUUGUCUUCGAAUUGCAGCUGUUUUUAUAUUCCCAUCUUUACAGAAAGAGCUAGUAUGGUUAGGACGAAAUUAAUUGGCCAUAAGAUUUUAUAAUUAAUAUGUAUUAAUAUGGUACGAAAUUUUUGUUUGUUCGUUGCGACGUACUUAUUGCUACAGUUCAAAUUCCAAUUUAUAUUUAACGAGUAAAUAAUAUUGCUUAUCUUUUUUUUUCCUUAUCCGAGACUUUUAUUUAGAUUCUGCUGAGCAGUUUCACGAGGGUAAUACAAGAUUCACUUAUCAAGCAGCCAAGCAAUUUCGUCGUAACUUUCUCAAAUAUUUAAUACGUGUUAAUAUAUUACUUUAACAAAUGUCCAAUGUAUAUUACUGUCUUUCAGGAGAGGCUCUCAUGGUUCAUGGUUAUACAAGUGUUUACAAAUAGUUAGCAGUAUCAUCCGUGAGAGCUGGAGUGUAAAUAUUUCAAUGGAAUUAGUUACGAUAGCUGACUUUACAACGAACGUUAACGGGACAGUGUAAAUAUUUACAAAUCGGGAAUAGAGGCAGGACGAGUGUUUACAUCGACACUUUUUCUAAUUUUGGACUGCUGAAUUCAUUCACUUUUGUUAUGUUCGCAUCUUAUGAAAUACCUUGCUCGAAUGCAUCCAGAGAGUUUGCGCUAUAAUUACUUCUGCGUCUUCCAAAGGCGCCCAGCGAUUAAACGACGUAAUUUUCGAUGUUCAGAAAUAUGAUUUAAAAUUAGAAUUGUUCUUCGAAGAGAAUUGCAUUUCGCACAAAAAUAAUGUGACAAUUGUAAUAAAUUCGUCUGUUCUGA